ACGGUCCUCCGGCUCCAAACCUCCAGUGCUCGCCCGGCGGCGGCCUCGGGAUUCGCACCCAGAGCCCGGCGCGCAGCGCCGUCCACCAUGCGGGUCGGUGAGGUCUUCCCCGGCAAGUGGCGCUCCCUCUCCCCCUUCAUCCUCUUGACCCUGGUCCUCUUCGAGGCGCCCCGGGGCGCCGCGGCCCCCGUGCAGCCCAGCAAAGGGAACCCGCUGGCCAAAAUCUACCCGAGGGGCAGCCACUGGGCCGUAGGCCAUCUGAUGGGGAAAAAGAGCAUUGGAGAUUUCCCCUCUGAUUUUGAAAGAGAAAGCAAGAUACCUCUGUCCACAUUACCAGAAAACUUGAAGCAGCUGAGUGAGUACCUGCGGUGGGAAGAAACAGCUAAGAAUUUGCUCCAGCUGCUAGAGGGGAAUGAUGACAGAAACAAUCAGCCCCUCCGAGAAGAGCCCCCAGGGUCUCCCAGAAACACUUGGGCCUUGGACAACAAUAACAAUUUUAGAGAUGUGGUGGACUAUCUGCUUCAGGUUCUGAACAUGAAGGAAAGCACUCCAAGCUGAGCAGGCAAUUCCCCUCUAAUCUGGAGAGCUCUAUCCUUGAGAGACUGUGUUCCACAUGCAUCUGAUUGUUCCAGAUAAUCAACAGCAUCUCCUCUGUGUAAACAAGAUUUCUUCUGUGCAAAUUAUUCUUGUAUGUUUCAAACUAUACCCUUGUAUUUUCCAGCAUCAUUUUCUUGUCUUAACAGCUUUGCUGUAAAUAGUUGGCCAGGAAGGGUCUUCCAAUCAACAUAAUUAUUUUAUCCCGCUCCCACCACUAGGUUGUUGGUUAUUCCUACUCCAACUCUCUCAUCCAAAGUAAAAAAAAAAGAAAAAGUUACAUGCUGCUAAUCAGACAAAUUAAUACUUUUCCUUCAGUUCCAAAAGCAGAAAUGAGCAGCUCAGCAAUGUGGCAAAUGCUGGUAUUAUUGAUACAAUGCUGGAUGCACCUACUUCAUGCUAAUCCCAUCACCUCCCAAAAAGGCCUGCCUGCUAGUUUUUGCAGCUAUGAGCCAUCCACCCUUCAGCUACCAAUAAGGGCUCACUCCUCCUCUGCUCAGUCCAGAUGACCCCAUGUCUUAUAGAGCAGUUGGAGAAGUGUUGAAUGUGGAGAGGACGAACUGGCUCUUAUGAUAGCUUUCAUGUAAAUGAGUUGCUACAUAUGCAAAUAUCUGUUUACUGUGCCGAAGUAAUUUCACCACGAGAUUGAGGGGAUUCAAACCAUAUCGCUGAGUCUGGGUAGGGCAUCUCUCCCUCUUUCAUAUCCAGGGAGCUUGCAUCAUCACUACAUAAUGCAGUUUGCUUUAGGGGCAUCGAGUAAGCAAAUCCACCCCUGAGUUUAAAGCAAUAGAUUUUAAGUUAACACUCUAAGAACCAUGUAAAGGGAAGAUAGAGUAGGGUUAUUUAGUGACUGGGGAAGAGGGGCACAUGUUCUGAUCCCACAAGUUGGAGGAGGGGAUAAGACAGGAAAUGUAUCUGUUUAUAUUGUAUUCUCCCAAAUCCUCCCAGUGCUCUACACACAGUGAGUGCUCAGUAAAUACGAUUGAAUUGAAUGAACCUACAGCGGCCAUCACAGAGAUGCACCUUCUCCCCUACCACUCUUCUCUGUCAUGGCCUCUGCUCCAAUAGCCCCAGUGUCCUGGAGAGAAGAGUGCCAACAACAGUGGUAAGAUACAGAUGUAUUCCCAGAAGGGCUGGGGCAGGAGUGUGGAGCGGGAUUUGAAUCUUUGGUCCCAGAGAAUCCCAGACUUCCUCCAUCCUGGGUCCCUGGAGCCUUAAACUGAACCUGGUAUGGGGUGGGGGUGAAGAAAGAAGUCCCUGCAGGGAUAAAAGCCCAUCUGUGUCUCCCUUGAACAGAGAGUUCUGGAAUAUGCUGUGUUCGCCAACCAGCAGUUUGAUCUUUUGUGGGGAAGACUCUUUUACAGUAUUUGUUGUUCAAUACUUGAACCAAAAGGUGGAACAGCUUUUGCAGAGCCCACAACCCACUCCCCUGCCUAAGUACCAGCCUCAGAUGUGAAGCUCUGGUGGUCCGUCCGUGGGAACACCCCCCUCUCCCCAUCCACAACCACAGUAUUCUCCACAGGCAAAUUUGUCUUGAUUAUAUCCCAAUACUUCAGAGAGCAGUCGGCUUACAAAACCCCAAGAUUUUACAAACACGCAAGCCUUCUAGGUAUUCCCAAUAGCAGCUGUGCAGCAAGAGAAGGAGAAACAGUGCAUGAAAAAUAGCUUCUGCAAUUUAUAAGUUCCAUCAGCAGUGUAACGAAGAAAGACACUAUAGGGACGCAAUAAUAUAUUUUCAAUAUAGCUACACUUUGAGGAGGGCAGAGUUUACCAUGGUGGGUAAUUCCACCAUCUACAGUUAUGAUCAGAGACCCAGAAGCCCAGUGAAGCAGACAAGCAUUCCAAGAGGCACAUCGCAAUUUGCAAGCUACACAAAGCCCCCCUCUCGAUUCCCAUAUGGGGCAGUUGAUCGCUGCCCAGCCCUUGAACCUAGCUCGUGGAUAUGUGAGGUAAUCAUUGGUUGAGAUGUAGAAAUUAUAUUGUUUGGUUUCUGAUUAAAGCAAUCUGUGGUGAAAGAGGUGAAGUGCUUUUUGAAAUAACUCAAAGGGUACACAAAAUUUCUGAGGGUACUUCUGUUAACUAAUGCUGUGCAAAGAGUGCAGUAACCAUGUUUACCAAAAGCAAUGAAAGCUUUAUUGUGUAAUGCUUCGGCUCUUAAUUCUUUGUGUCUUUCAAUUACCUCCUCCUCCUCAAAAUGAACCCCAAAUAAAAACCUAGAAACAGUC